AUGGUGCCGUACGCUGCAUUUGCCAUGCCCGUCACAUAUCCGGACCUCUCCCACAAGGACUCCCACAUCUGGACGCGCGAACACGCCAGCGUCUUUGACGUCUCUCACAUGGUGCAGCACAAACUCUCCGGGGAACUCGCCGAGGAGUUUCUCAUGACAGUCACUCCAUCAGCCAUCAACGAGUUAGAAAAACACCGCUCCAGCCUCUCUUGCCUUUUGAACGAGGAAGGAGGCAUCGUUGACGACACGGUGAUCUCCAGACUGGGAAAAGAUAGUUUUUAUUUUGUGACGAAUGCUGGGUGCCGCGAGAAGGACAUCGCCUUUAUCGACGAGCAUAUAUCCAAAUUUCUCAAGGCAAAAGGAGCAUCGGGGGAUAAGAUCAAUUGGCAUGUCCUGGACCACCACGCCCUUCUGGCUCUUCAAGGUCCCAAAGCCGCAAGCGUGCUCCAGCCCCUCAUCUUCAACGACACAGAAGAGGAGAGUCUCGAUACAUCGCUGGAUACGCUAUACUUUGGAUCAAGCCGAUGGUUACAACUGACCCUGCCUGACUCUGGGAUGAACACGCCUUCCCUACUCAUCAGCCGAACCGGAUAUACUGGGGAGGAUGGCUUUGAGAUUUCGAUUCCACCUGAAAAUGGAGAUGCUACCGAGUUGGCAACAAGCAUAGCCAAAGCUCUAACCGCCGACAGCUCCAACGUGCGCUGGGCGGGACUCGGGGCACGCGACUCACUCCGGCUGGAGGCAGGAAUGUGUCUCUACGGGCAUGACCUAAAUGAGAAGAUCACGCCGCCAAUGGCGGCGCUGGGCUGGUUGGUCGGCAAAUCACGCCGGGGCGACAACCCUACACCAGCCUUUAAUGGGCAUCAAAUCAUUAACAAACAGCUCGCCUCGCCGAAGACAAUGACUGAGCGACGCGUUGGCCUGCUCAUAGAAAAAGGCCCUGCUGCGCGCGAAGGGGCAGACAUCGUCGAUCCCGAAAAUGACAACCAGGUCAUUGGUCACAUAACCUCGGGUUCUCCCAGCCCGAGCCUGGACGGACAGAACAUUGCCAUGGGGUACAUUAAAAAUGGCUUUCACAAAAGGGGGACCACAGUCGGAGUCAGGGUGAGGAAGAGUGUGAGGAAAGCGGAGGUCGCUAAGAUGCCCUUUGUGCCGACCAAGUUCUACACGCGGCCCUCGUGA